GGUUUCACCACCAUGUGCAACUCCGUGAAGCCCGCCACCGUCAUGUCCUUCCUCAACGACCUCUACACGCGCCUGGACGCCAUGCUGGACGCGUUCGGAGUGUACAAGGUGGAGACCAUCGGCGAUUGCUACGUGGCGGCGGGGGGCCUUAUGAAGGUGGACGAGGAGACGGGUGCAGUGACGGUACGGUCGGACGAUGCUCUCCUCCACGCCGCCAGUGCCGUACGUCUUCCCACCAGCGGCGAGCCUGUACGGCUGCGUGUGGGUAUCCACAGCGGCCCCGCGAUGAGCGGAGUGGUGGGCACCCGCAUGCCGCGGUUCUGUCUGUUUGGCGACACCAUCAACACCGCCUCCCGCAUGGAAAGCACGGGGGUGCCGGGGGCAAUACACGUCAGCAAGGCCACACGCGAUCUUGUACCGGAUGAGCCCUGGGAGCCCACCGGCGGCGUGCAGGUGAGGAGGUUACCGCAAAGCGGGGGUAAUGGCGGGUGCGGGGGGGGCCCAAGUCGGGAGCACCAGGAGGUGAUGUACCUGACACAAGGAUGA